AUGGGUCUGAAAAAGUUAAGUGUUGCAAACCUCGAUGUCAAUGGCAAGCGUGUGUUGAUGAGGGUCGAUUUCAAUGUCCCAAUGAAAGAUGGAAAAUGUACGAACACGCAAAGGAUCGCUGCUGCUAUGCCAACUGUUAAACAUGUUCUUGAGAAAGGUGCCAAGAGCGUUGUAUUGAUGUCUCACAUGGGUCGCCCGGAUGGUCAGCCAAAUAUGAAGUACUCAUUGAAGCAGAUUGUUCCGGACGUAGAGAAGGAGUUAGGAAAGUCGAUCACAUUCUUAAGUGAUUGCGUUGGACCUGAGACAGAAAAGGCUUGCAAGGAUCCUGCUCCUGGGACAGUUUUCCUUCUAGAGAACUUGCGCUUCCAUGUCGAAGAGGAGGGCAAAGGAUUAGAUGCCAGUGGCAACAAGGUAAAGGCUGAUCCAGCUAAGGUCGAAGAAUUCAGCAAGAGCCUGACUGCUUUGGGCGACGUUUAUGUCAAUGAUGCAUUUGGAACGGCCCACCGAGCCCACGCGUCAAUGGUCGGGUGUAAGCUUCCACAACGUGCUGCCGGUUUCUUGCUGAACAAAGAACUGGAAUACUUCGCAAAGGCGCUUGAGAACCCAACGCGACCAUUCCUUGCAAUUCUUGGAGGUGCUAAAGUGACGGAUAAGAUUCAGUUAAUCAACAACAUGUUGGAUAAGGUUGACGAGCUGAUCAUUGGCGGCGGAAUGGCCUUUACCUUCCUUAAAGUUCUUGAUAAUAUGAAAAUCGGCAAAAGCUUGUUUGAUGAGGCUGGCGCCAAGACCGUAAAGGAUAUCAUGGAAAAGGCCAAGUCGAAAAACGUCAAAGUUCAUCUUCCGUCAGAUUUCGUCACCGGCGACAAAUUCGCUGAGGACGCUGCUGUUGGCACAGCGACGGUUCAAUCAGGCAUUGACGAUAACUUGAUGGGCCUUGACUGUGGACCGAACUCAACUAAAGAGUUCGCUGAGGCCAUCGGCCGUGCGAAGACCAUCAUUUGGAAUGGCCCUGCCGGUGUUUUCGAAUGGGAUAAUUUCGCGAAGGGCACGAAAGCCGUUAUGGAUGCCGUUGUGGAUGCAACUGCUAAGGGAGCUAUUACAAUUAUAGGUGGCGGCGACACGGCUACUUGCUGUGCCAAGUGGCACACUGAGUCGAAGGUCAGCCACGUGAGCACCGGCGGUGGCGCCAGCUUGGAGUUGCUGGAGGGGAAGAAUUUACCUGGCGUGGCUGCACUUUCAGACGCCUAG